GUGAGAAAGAGCUUCCUGCUCAGUGAUUGGUUCUUUCCGCAGCCGCCGUCCCUGGACAAUUCUUUCAACGUGGGAAACAAGGGUAGUGGCAACCGAAAGAUUGCCACAUGAUCUAAAAAUUGAUCCCAAAUCAUUCGAGCUUGAAAAGCAAAUUGUGAAAGUCAAGUAUUUGUUCUCCGGUUUUGCGCAUUUAAUCUAAUUUCUUUCGCUUUUGCAAGAACUUAAAACUGUCUCACUAGUUUUCUUUGAUUACUUCAGCAGAUAUGAUACGCCAACAACGUCUUCCGGGGCGGCCUCUGACAAAAAAAUCGCUGGCAUCAGUAAAGCAAUCUACUGAUGAUGAUGAGGGGUAUGGCACGUGUUCGCCAGCAAAUCCAAAAUUAAUAGAUAAUGUCUUCACCUUCGUGAAAACUCCUCUUUGCCCCACCGUUCACAUUGUUAACAAGGUUUCGGAAGACGAAUGGUCUGCCUUAGAAAAGGAUCUAAACCGAGCACUUAACAUGCAACCGCUGACCGAACGUUGUGCGACGAAACCAAAGGAAUUCAAUGUCAGAGUUACCAAGAGACCUCUGCACAGCUUAGCUAACUAUGGAAGCAAGCAGUUACGAGUUGGUUGCCAAUUUUGCGCCAAGAACGGAGAGCUUCGUAGUGUGGUAGAGUCUCAUACGUUGCGCCAUCCGGUCACGCGUGCCAUCAUUUGUCCGGUACUGCGCAAGUAUGUUUGUGAAAUGUGUGGAGCUACAGGGGACAACGCGCAUACCAAAUUCUAUUGCCCCAAUAAUCGCAGCCAAAAGACGGCGCCUACGGCAGUCCUACUUAAAACCACUCGCCACAACGCAACCGGUAAACGGACUAAUAUGUAACAUGAUGGAGACUUCUUCAAGGAUUCGAUUGAUUGCCCAUUUUGGCAAUUAAGACUACGGGUUGCAUUAUUUUUUUUACUUCGACGUGCUUAUCAUGAAAUUUAGAAAAAUAAGUCAUAAAGACUUAAAUGAGUUCAAUCGUGCUUGUGCUGUUAAUUCGUACGUGUGGAUGUUCUGUUGCUACAAAGGAAUUUUGAUUACACUGCCUUAAAGAUCCA